CAAAGAGAUAUGAGUAAAACCUCUGUAGGCCAGUUGCACCAAAACGCUUAAAUAUAGUACAAAAAACAUACCAACAUAAGUUUUACCUGUGAAAUUAGACAGGAAAACUUUCUAUAGACGUCAAUAUCAAUUUCUGAAAAAGUGUUCAAAGUUUCCCCCGUGUUCAAAGUAUCCCCAGUUUACGCUGCUGAGUUUGGAUUUGAUCGCUCGAGCAAGAACUGUUCCUGCUGUCGCUGCCAUGGCCACGAAGGAGGAUGUCAUGAGGGUGUGGAAGUGCGCGGACGCUGUGUGUUUCGACGUGGACUCAACGGUGACCCAAGAAGAAGCAAUCGAUGAGCUGGCCAAGUUCUGUGGCAGGGGCUACGAGGUGUCUGCCAUAACGAAAGAAGCCAUGCGGGGGAACCUCAACUUCAAGCAGGCGCUCACCCGUCGCCUGGACAUCAUCCAGCCGUCCAUGAGCCAGCUGCGUGAGUUCAUACGCACCCGACCCUCCAAGCUGUCCCCAGGAAUAAAGUCACUGGUGGACGUACUGCACAGGAAGUGCAUCCCUGUCUACCUGGUGUCUGGCGGCAUCCGGGGGAUAAUCACUCCUGUGGCCCUCGAACUGGGAGUUCCCCUGCAGAACGUGUUCGCGAACAGGCUCAAGUUCUUCCUCAACGGAGACUACGCCGGCUUCGACGAGACGGAGCCGACCUGCAACAGCGGCGGGAAGGCAGAGGUGAUCCGGCGCCUGAAGGAGAAGCAUGGCUACUCCAACUUGGUGCUUGUGGGUGAUGGGGCCACCGACGCAGAGGCCUGCCCGCCGGCGGAUGCAUUCAUAGGGUAUGGCGGGAACGUGGUGCGUGAAGAAGUUCGAGCUAAAGCCAAAUGGUACGUGAGCAACUUUAAGGAGCUGCAGGAUGCGCUGUGAGCACACUCGAGGCUACUUCUACAACUCACGGUUUGAUGGCGCCACGCUGCCUGCCACACAAGUAUUACAUGCAUGCAAGUGUGCAUUUGUAACCCCUGUUUCUUGAUCUCCCGUUGCUUGUUGUUUGUGAGCGUCACUGUACUCGUGCCACCAACGCUCCAGCUCCAGGAAUCUUUUCCCAGCGAACGGCAGGACCGAUGGGAUUUUUUGGUUGUGGCGUAGGGGAUGGUUUCUCUGUUAAAUUGUCUUGUGUCAUUGGAUAGCUAAACUGUUGAAAGUAAAUGUGUUGUUACCUGUUUAAAUAAAGGUUGUGUAAUAUUGUGA